AUGUCAACCCAAUCCACACCCAGUAUCCUCUUCACCCACCAGUCCCCGCAGCAGGGCUUCCGACUCCUCGAGCUCCCGCCUGAACUCGCAGAGCUGUUGUCCUCUGAUAACCCCCCAACACUAGAACUCAAAUCCCCGGCUCCCGCGGCGAGCACUCAGAAUGGCUCGAGCUCGGCCACACCUAACUCCGAAUAUGUAAACCUCUGCACCCCGUCUGAGACAUACUCGAUUCGCCAGGUCCAAUCGUCUAACUCGCUGCACAUCCUCCGACCGAGCAACGGCGCUGGUGUCAGCAAAAACGAUCUGCGAAUUGUUGGAGCUGGUGGAACAGAACAGGAUGAUGGUGAUGGGGGUGUCGACAUGGAUACCGAGAAGGAUCUGAAUAUUGAAGGCACAGUGACGUCUGUCGCGAAAUGCGGGUCGACAUUGGAAUUGCAUAGGCCUGCGGAGGGUUUUUCGGCUAAACCGUUUUUCAGGUCGUCGCUGAAGCUUUAUGAGAAGGGGUCUUGGGAAGAUGGGGGUGAGGGCAGAGAUGGAGAGGCGAGUAUGGCAGAUGCGGGAGCUACAGAGAUGAGGACAGAAGCCCUCGAUGGCUUACUCGCUGAUGUUCCUGUGUCGAGAGCUCAGUGUAAGCGUGACUGGGUGGAAAUAUGUGCGUUUGUCCUCCCGCGCGGAUCUGCUGCAUCAGAUAGUAUUGGGACGCCAUUAGGCUGGCUGCCUUCGGCUGAAAUUAAACUGGAGGUCUGGAAGAGAGUUGUCGAAGGCUCGGUGCUGCACGGGAUUGAUUUGGGCGCGCAGUUCCUCGUAAAGGACCUGUGGAAAUCUGUCCUUGAUGAUGAAGAGCUUGCGCCGUUUCCACGUCCGUUAUUUGAGGCAGUUGUUAGGAGGAUCUGUGAAUUGCCUGAUGGGACUGAGCGGGACUUUGCUGAGUCCGAGAUAAAAUGGGCGAGUAUUGACAAGCAGACGUGCAUUCAAUGGGUGGGAGAGGUUUAUCUAGAGGCCAAGGCAACGGGGGCCAGCUCCGCUAUUGACGAGAGCGAGUUUAUAAAUUCUUGGAAGGAUCAGCUUCCAGAGUCAUGGAGGGAAGACGUCGCGAAAUCCAUUUUGCCCGAUAAUUGCUACAUGCAUCCCGAGCCAAAAACCAUAUGUUUCACCACUGAAACCGAUCAACAGAGAGUCAAGAAGAAUCUUCCCACGGACACCAAUGCCGCAACGGCUGCUAAGAAAACGAGGAAUUGGCAUGAAUUAUUCAAGAACCAGAAGAGGCAGAAACGAUGA